AUGCUAAUUUUACCUAAUUAUAUUUGCGAAUAUAUUUUAGAAACCAUUCUUUAUUAUUAUUAUAAAAAAGAUUUGAUUUUUUAUUUAGAUCAAUAUUUAAUAAGUAAUAAUAAUGAAAUUAUACAAUAUUCAUUGGUUUCAAAGACUUGGUUUCAAUGUGUUUCAAAUAUAUUACCAAAGCUCAACAAGUGCUAUAACUGCAAUGUUUUCAAGGGUUUAAGUGUUCAGAAUCCAUCACAAGUCACUCAAAAGUUUAAAUUGAUUAAAAUUCAAGAUUCAAUUAAAGUUUUCAGUAGAUUAUCACAAUUUCAAGAUUUAACAUCUGAAGAGUUUAAUAGCAAGGAUUAUAAAAAAAUAUACAUUAAUGAAACUCUUUUCGCUGACCAAGCAACUAGAUUACUUGAUUCAAUUGAAAAAUACCCAGAGAAUUGCAAUUUUGGAACUAUUAUCCUGUCUCCAUUGGAUUUAAUCAAGCUAAGCAAAAAUAAGACCACUGAAAAAAAAAAAGGUGUCUCAUUCCAAAAAAUCAAAAAUAUAACUCUAUCCGGAAACAAGGAUGCACUUUUAGAUAUAUUAGAGCUAGAUUUAAAAAGUAUAGAGUUUUAUGAAACCAUGUCCCAUAGUCUAGAGUUGAAAUUCAAACAAAAUCAAAGCAGUAAGAAAUUGUCUAUUGAUGAUCUGGUAUUUCCACAGUACAUGGAUGCUGACCAAUCAUUUUCAAAACUCAAAAAAUUUUCGUAUCUUACCACUGUUGAUAAGGUUAUUGAUAUCAAUUUUAAAUAUCAAGAUGAAAAUGAUGAAAUGGAGUUUGAAGAAGAAUUUCAAGAUGACGAUCAAGAUGAAAAUGAUGGAAUGGAGGCUGAAGAUGAGGUUCAAGAUGGUACCUCAAAUAUAGUUAAAUCAUGGCAAUACUAUGUAGAUAGACUUUCAAAUGAUCCCAACUUUACUAGUUUUAGUAUUGCCCAUCAAUGUGACCGUGGAUGCAAUUGUAGAUUUAAAAUUAAUAAUGAUUUAAUAGUCGACGGCUAUAAAUCUAUUCUUUCAAACCCUAAAUCAAAUCUCAAAGUAUUUAAGUGUUAUGGGGGGAAAUUAUCAACCAAUAUACAAUUGUUUGAAGCCCUUAAAGUUAACAAAUCAAUUGUUGAUGUCCAUAUUUCAAGUGCAUACUUUGAAACUAUCAUUGAAACAAUUCUUUCAACUAAUGUCAAUAGAACAAUUAGAAAUUUAACAGUAACAACAAGAGAAGUUCAAGAUAGACUAUGCACCCAUGGCUUGAAGUUAUUAUGUGAUAAAAAGAUUGAUUUACACUCUAUAACAAUCAUUAUAAAAAAAUCAAAUUUUAACCCAAAUUUUUAUUUAGAUUUUAUUAAAUCAUCAUCAUUAAAGUUUAAUAUCAAUGAGAUUAAUAUUAUAAAUGAUAUAGGUUUAGAUAUAGGUAAAAUCAAAACAGUUUUUUAUCAAAAAAUUUCAAAUAAUACAAUUAUAAACAUUUUAACCCACAAAAAAGGUAAUAAAUAAAUAUAUUCCCAGUGUUUAUAAAUGUAAUUUAUCAAUUAAACUUCAAUAGGCUCAGAAUUAAACAUAUAAAAAAAUAAAAUCAUUUAGUAAUAAAAUUAAUAAUUAU